GCCCCGAGAUCCAGGCGCUGAUCUUCUCUCUGCUGCAGAAGGAUCCGGUGAAGCGGCCGGCCAUGUCGGCAGUCGUGGAGGAGCCCUCUGUGAAGGCCGCCAUGCCAGAGCCGCUGGAGUCACCGAGAGGGUGGCUGCGACGGCUGCCGGAGAUCGACGAGACGCCCCUGGCAGAAAGCUUGGGAGGACCCGAGGAUGACCAUGGCAAUGAUCACAGGCGACUUCGUGGGAAGAGGCGGUGUCGAGCCAACUGGAUAGAGGGCCAGGAACCUCUGGACGGCGGCUACGUUCGAAGCCCUGUCCGGCAUGCAAACCGGCGAAAUCCAGAGGCACAGGCGUCUCCAGACUCCCAUAGCUCAACGCCACUACCACUCACCACCCCUGCGUUAAGCCGGCCCGGCGCCCGCAGUGUCUCACCGGCCCGGUCGGCGGCGGGAGGUGCGGGUGGCGCCGGCGGAUCUGUGCCCGUGCCAUUGGGCAUGCGCACGUCCGGCAGCGCUCCGUCUCUGCCGCCCCUGCCACCGCUGAUGAACCAGAGCCGGGGCUCCGUGCGAAGCCGGAUCUCCAUCUUCUGA